AUGGUGCCAUCUAAUGGAUAUGUUUAAUAUAAUCAGGUGACAUUUAGGCUUCUUAUUGUAGAUUGUUCACGAAGGAGCCAUGACCCAUGAUCUAACAACUGCGUUAAGAAGCGAGCUGGCGGCUCUCGAGUAUAAACGCGACAGAUUGAUGUCCGAGGUAAACCUAAUUGCGCAGACUGCAGAUUUUUAUGCAAAUUCAUAUUUUUUCCCACGGAGAAGUUUCUUCGAUGUUUUUCAAAGUUAUUUAAAUUUUUACAGUUUGAUCCCUGCUUUCAUGAUCUGUUACGUGACAUAAAAAUGUAUCUUUGGGAAAAGAUGAACUCGGAGAAUAGAAAAUACAACUAUAUAUAUAUUUUAUAUACAUAUGUAUCGUACUAUCUACAUACCAUAUAUAUUGUAUUAUACUAUCUAUAUGCUAUUUAUUUUAUAGAACUGUAUAUAGUUUUAACAUUAUAUAUAGAUUUUAAAUUAAAAUUAUACACUUUUCUAUAUUACGCGCAUUCAAUGAAAUUUUCUUAAAAUUCUCGCGCUUUCUAUAAAUACAAAUAAAAAUUCGCAAUCUACUAAUGUGAUUCGAUUAAUAAUAAUCGGUGGCAUUAUGGUGUCCAGCUUCAAGAGACAAAGAAUCUUGUGAGGUCUCGGGAUCAACGAAUAGUGGAGUUGCAGAUAGAGGCUGAACAACUUCUUGAACAAGCAGCCAGACAGAAUGCCAUUGUUUUAAGCUUAAAAGAACGCAUACAGGAACUGGAAGAACGCGAGAGGAAUCUUUACGCCACUCAAGGAAGAAACGAGAGCGUGCUGCACGGCCUGCAACGAGAUUUGAAGUAUCACCAGGAGAAAACUCGGGAAUACGAGAAGAAGAUACGCCAGCUCGAGCAGACCGUGUCGGAGGAGGUCGAAUCGAGAGAGCGGGCUCGUACGAGUUUUCAGGAGUUCACGCGGAAACUGGCGAACGCUCUGAGCGUCGAGUAUCGCGAAACCGUUCAUCCUAGUCCUGAGAUCGUGAUCCACAAAGUCGAGGAGCUGGUGCAAGAGGCGAAUCGCGUCCGCACGAAGAAUACGAACGUCGAGGCGCAACUGACAACCGUCGAGGUCGACUUCAGAAGCUGUCGAGAUGCUUUGGACCGUGUUGUAGCCGAGAAGGAGCAACUCCAGCGGCAAGUGUCCUCGCAGUUGAUCGAUCUGGAUCGUCUCAGACAGGACAAAGAAUGCGUCGAAAUGCGGUACAGGGUGGCAGAAAGAGAGCUAAACGAGCUGAGGGAUAAGCUGUUAAACGCGAACAGGAGCAUCAGCAGCGCGACUGGAAACAUAUCGAAUCAAGAAGCGUUGAUUGGACAGCUGCGAGAAGAUCUAAUGCAACGGGACGAGAAGUAUCAGCGGGUGCAAGCCGAGUUGCGACACCUCUUGGAGUCGUUGGCGAUGCUUGUCAGCGGACCAAACAGAUUCAUCGAGUCUCACGAGAACGUCAUUAAGGAUCGGAUUAGAGAGAUCUUGGCCGAGAACAAAGAUCAGGCUCUU